AGAAAAUACGUAGUUGAUUCUAAAAAGAAAAUCUAGAGAGAGAGAGAGAGAGGGUGGAGAAAGAGAAAAAAUGUCGGGCGUUCCGAACCAGCAACCGGCAGAGGAAGACAAGAAGCCCGCCGAUCAAACUGCUCACAUCAAUCUGAAGGUCAAGGGUCAGGAUGGGAAUGAAGUAUUUUUCAGGAUCAAAAGAAGCACUCAGCUGAAGAAACUGAUGAAUGCAUACUGUGACAGACAGUCAGUGGAGCUCAACUCAAUUGCCUUCUUGUUUGAUGGACGUCGUCUCCGAGCAGAGCAGACUCCUGACGAGCUAGAAAUGGAGGAUGGGGAUGAGAUCGAUGCAAUGUUGCACCAAACAGGCGGCUCGACGGUUUGAAGCAUGUUUCACAUAUUUUGGUCUUUUCAUAGACUUGAAAUCUAAGCACUUGAAUUUGGGUUUGAAUAUUUAGACAUUUAUUUAGCGAAUGGCAAGUUAUGCAGGAUUAGGUACUCCAAGUUGUUGAAAACGUAUAUUGCUGCUUGUGUUUAGUAAAUUCUCUCUUUAAAGUCCUGAUUAGCAAGAAAAGCUAGUUUUGGGUGUGCCAGACUUAGAGAAAUCUGGACGGCACUGUCAGCAUGUCCAGUUCAUUUAUAUAUAUUUUUUCUCCCUUACAAUUA